AUGCCGAUAUCGCUAAGCAGAAUGCAAUACUGUGAAAGGAUUGCAGGAUUGGUAAAACUGGGAGUACACUGUGUUGUUGGAAGGAAAGUGGCAAUCAAAAUAGUCAACAGGGAUAAACUAAGUGAGUCAGUACUUAUGAAGGUUGAAAGAGAAAUUGCAAUUAUGAAGUUAAUUGAGCAUCCACAUGUUUUAGGUCUAUAUGAUGUUUAUGAAAAUAGAAAACAUUUAUAUCUUAUAUUAGAACACGUCUCAGGAGGGGAACUUUUUGACUAUUUAGUGAAAAAAGGCAGAUUAACACCAAAGGAAGCUAGGAAAUUCUUUAGGCAGCUUAUAUCAGCAAUAGACUUCUGCCAUAAGCACUCCAUAUGUCACAGGGACUUAAAACCGGAGAAUCUACUUCUAGACGAGAAGAAUAAUUUGCGAGUUGCCGAUUUUGGAAUGGCUUCAUUACAAGUUGAGGGAUCCAUGCUGGAAACCAGCUGCGGAUCACCACACUAUGCAUGUCCAGAAGUUAUCAGGGGUGAAAAAUAUGAUGGAAGAAGAGCAGACAUAUGGUCUGCUGGUGUAAUAUUAUAUGCAUUAUUAGUGGGUGCCUUGCCUUUUGACGAUGACAAUUUACGCAACUUAUUAGAGAAAGUGAAAAGAGGUGUUUUCCAUGUACCUCAUUUUGUACCACCAGACUGUCAACAUUUAUUACGAGGUCUCAUAGAAGUAAAUCCAAACAAAAGGUUUACGAUUGAACAAAUCACAAAGCAUCCAUGGUUUUUAGCUGGUUCCAAGUCUGAUAUUGAAUUAGAAUUACCAAUGACUCAAGUAGUGCAGACGCAUAUUAUACCAUCACAGCAUGAACUUGACCGAGAUGUUUUAUGUAGUAUGAACUCACUAGGGUGUUUUAAAGACAAGGAAAAAUUAGUGCGUGAAUUACUUAGCCCAAGGCACUGUACAGAAAAAGUUAUAUACUUCUUAUUGUUAGACCGUAAACACCGUAGACCUAGCUGCGAAGACGAGAUUGAAGUCCGACAUAGAAGCCACUCAGGUGACCCACCAAGGAAAAGAAUAGAUUCUUUUAAUGGCAAGAGCCGACCUCAGAGAUCGUCGUCAGAUACAUUAACGCAAGGAUCUCCAGUACAUGCUAGAAGAGCUAUUUCGUUAUCUCAGGGAAAGUCAGGAAGUGUCAGUAGUAGUCCAUUGCAUUCUCCACAAGCAAGUCCAAAGCAUUCUCCAAGAAGAAUAGAACCGCACACCUCAUCACCACGGAGUUUGAGUCCAUCCAGUCUCACUGUACCCACUCCGCCUGGUAGUCCAGGACCUCAACAGGCACAAUGGAAAACUAGGCUUUCAACUAUAAAAAAUUCACUGCUAGGAUCUCCAAGGUUUCAUCGGCGGAAAAUGCAAACACCGAUGGACGAACUUUCAUUAACUCCAGAUUCCUCUCCAGAACUUUCUAAGAAAUCCUGGUUUGGAAGUCUUAUAGGUGCUGAUAAAGAGGAAACAGUUUGUAUGGUAAUUCGUGAUAAAUCACUUAAUGUUAUUAAAGCCGAUGUCGUCCAUGCAUUUUUAUCAAUUCCUGAUCUUACUCACAAUGUGCAAUCUCCCAAUGUCUUCAAAGCAGAAUACAAACGACCUGGUGGAAGCAUGUUUGCUAAAUCGAUACGAUUUCAAAUUGAAAUUAUGCAGCACGAAAGGGAUACUAGUAAAGGAGACUGUGUCCAUCUCGUAACUUUUACUCUCAUAUCAGGUCAAUCAAGACGAUUUAAGCGCAUUGUUGAAGUGAUUCAGUCCCAGAUGAAUACAGCUAGAGGUGCUGAACUUUCACCUUUAGUAAUAGCUGAUGCGUUCAGUGACAGUACUAGUUCCGCCGGAUCUGAUCGUGUAUCUCCCUCACCGCCACCCCACUCUGCCAACAGUGCAGGAGAUGGGAAUGACGUAUUUGCUGAUGAGAAGUGUAGUAGUCCGAAAGCAAACCUCCUCAGUGCUGGUGAUAGUAACGCGUUUACCUACUCGUCAGAAAACUAUACAGACAACAUGAUCAUUUUGUUGCUUAGUGUCAUCCUGCAGUUGUCUGUUACGCAAGGUGCACCAGAGUCUCACGCCGAUCACAAUAUAGCUGUGAGAGCUGAUAUCGACGAAUGCGUGGAGGACCCAACUGCUUGUGUUAAUGCUCACACAUGUGUCAACACUGGUGGUUCCUUUGAAUGUGGUUGCAACGAAGGAUGGACACUUUCCCCAGAACAGAUAUGCGAAGACAUUGACGAAUGUGUUACUCCAGCAAACAAUUGUCAACACACAUGUAACAACACCAUUGGUAGUUUUGAAUGUCUGUGUGAUACUGGAUAUGAAUUACUACCUGACGGAUUUUCAUGUUCACAAAACGAAGUAUCAUGGGUGAAAGUCACGCUCUGUCAAAUGUAUUCAGUACGUACCGUAGCAGACGUGACUCUUGGUGACGCGGAACAGGGUUGCCUUGAUGAUGGAUUUGCACUUCUAAGCAUACAGAGCGCAAGAACCGGCGAAUAUCUCGACACCUUCCUUCAACAAACUGCUUCUGAUCUGAGUUCCUAUUGGACCACAGCGCAGUGUCCAGGCGAUCCCAAUGGCGGAGAUGCCCCGAACACCAAAAAAGACGGAUACAUAUGUAAAGUGUAG